AUGGCUCCCAAGGUUGCUAUCGUCUACUACUCGAUGUACGGCCACAUCCAGAAGCUGGCCGAGGCUGAGAAGAAGGGUAUCGAGGCCGCUGGUGGCGAGGCUACCAUCUACCAGAUCGGCGAGACUCUCUCUGAGGAGGUUCUGGCCAAGAUGCACGCCCCCGCCAAGUCUAGCUACCCCGUCAUUGAGCCCACCGACCUCUUGGAGUACGAUGCCGUCCUCUUCGGUAUCCCCACCCGUUACGGUAACUUCCCUGCUCAGUGGAAGACCUUCUGGGACAAGACCGGCUCCAUCUGGGCCUCCGGUGGCUACUGGGGCAAGUACGCCGGUGUCUUCAUUUCCACCGGUACCCUCGGUGGUGGUCAGGAGUCCACUGCCAUUGCCUCCAUGAGCACUCUAGCUCACCACGGCUUCAUCUACGUCCCUCUGGGUUACAAGACCACCUUCCCCCUCCUUGCCAACCUUGAGGAGAUCCACGGUGGUAGCCCCUGGGGUGCUGGUACCUUUGCCGGUGCCGACGGCUCCCGCCAGCCCACCGCUCUCGAGAUCCAGAUCGCCGAGGCUCAGGGCAAGGCCUUCUACGAGGCCGUUGCCAAGGUCAACCACCAUGCCGAGUCGAAGCCCGAGACUCCGGCCCCGGCUGCCGGUGCAGCUGCUCAGAAGUCCGAGCAGCCUGCCCAGCAGCAGCAGGGCAACCGGGAAGCAGCACAGGAAAAGGACAGUGAAGGAGGACCAUGUGGCUUGCCCAAGAAGUGUACUAUUCUGUAA